CAAUGCCCAUCACGGUCUAGAUCACAUCAUUCGCCACACUGUCCAACAAAAGUGCAGGAUCCAUACCCGUCAUCGUGGCAGGAACGUCGGAGGCCAAGGUCUUUGUCAUAAAGUACGACGGCGCACAUGAGAGUAAGAAACUUCAUGUACUCAUGGCUCUUGAGGAUCUUAAAUCGAAAACAUUGCCCAUCACCAGCAUCACACUCGAGCACACAAAGGAUGAGACACUGGAUCUUUUGGCAGUCGGUCAGGGCUACUCACCGGGCAUGAAGGAAUACGGCGAGUGUCCAACAAUCUCUAUCUACUACCUUCGCCCUCAGCGGUCCGAUUACCGGCUUCUGGGCUAUGUUCAGCCACCCAUGCUGGAGGGCGAGGCUGCGACAGGCGGCAAGACCUUGGCAGCAACAAUCUCUGAAGACGAAAAUGGACUUCGCAUUCACUGCGCAUUCUCCAUCCAGGUCGACCAUGCGCCAUUGCGAUCCAACUUGACAACCGUUCAAAUCAGUAACAAGGACGUUCAGAACCUGGAUGUCGUGGAGAUGACGGCGAUCGAAGGCGGUACGCUUUUGGAUAUCAGUCCACAGACAAAUUCAUAUGAGCUCACGGUACUCUAUCUCGGCAAAAUCGUCAAUUAUGUUCAUGCGGCCGAUAUUGAGUGGAACCGCAAGGAAUCCGAGUGGAUUGAGGGAGUUGAGGGAAAAGAGCUAAUGCACAGGGAACUUGCACCCGUCUACGGAUCGUUCUUUGAGGAAAAGGCCAAAUUCAACUAUACCGACUCUGAGCUAGCGGAGAUCGAGCAGCAUCGCAAGAAAUUGGGAGGAAAGCUAUUCUACGAUCGCUUGUUGGAGUUUGUCGAACUGGAAGCUGGCACACUUUAUCCACCGAGGAAUCAUGCUCAGCAGCGCAACUUGUGGACCAACAUUUAUUUCAACGGCAACCUCGACACAGACAACAGGAACUGCUUAGCAUAUUACCUUCUGAAGAAUCAACACGGUGAUGCCAAGGAGCUGUUCCUGAGGGAAUUCAUGAUUCCUCCCAAAUUUGUUGACCUCAUGAACGGUUUCUGGGCACUCGAUCACUUUGAAUUCAAAAAUGCGGUGCUGUAUCUUUCAAGACCAGGGUUGACAGUAGACUGGAUCGAGGACGUGGUUGAGGCGAUUUUCAAACACGGCUCAUCGAGCCUGGCACGACAGUUCAUUCUGGCCGCUAACCUGGAUCUGUCUUCGGAUCGGUUCUUGGAACUGAAGAUGAAGAUCCUGCUCGAGACUGAUUUCACAGAGGCGUUCUAUUAUCAAAGAUCAGUUGCUCCGUCCAGUCGCUCGCGGAAUGCCAGCAAGAAGAAUGGCGAUGAUAAGGACAGGGGAUUGAGCACAGCCGACAGGAGCGGGCGCCUGUUCAAGUGGUUGCUUGACCAUUGCUUUUUAGACAAACCUAACAGGAAGGCGAUUCGGGCGCUCUCGCUUUUGACAAUGAAUGAGGCGGAGGAACAGCUUUUUAUACGGUACUGCGACCAGCACUCAGGACUGACGCGUGAGGUCGGACAGGAAUUCUUGAUCAUGUACUACGUCAACCAUUCUCGAUACCUUGAGGCGAUUCGUAUGCACCGCAAAUUGCUCGCGAUCGAACUUGAAAAGGAGGAUGUAGUGCAGUUCCAUCGCGAGGCCAUCGAGCGGCGGAAUAGCCGUCAGAACGGAGAGAGUGCUGGGCAGUCCAAGGGUCCGGAGACGGAGUUAACGAAGAGUCAGAAGCGACAGGUGCUGAUCGAUAAUCUGAUGAUGGUCUUGCCCGCGACACAGAAGGCGCUUUUGGAGACGGAAGAUGAACAAUCGCCAGAUGUCACUACAUCAGUACAGGACAAGAACAAGAACAAGAAGGUCGCGGAGAGCGGAAGUAGCACCAAGGGAGUGGUACAGUCGUUGAUGAGGAAUUCAGAUGGACAAACGACCAGUCUCAAGGGUUUGGAUCUGAACUGGGUGACUAGAGCAUUGAAUAGACAGGUGCUUGAGGAAGAGGAUGAUAUGGAACAGGAUGACUCUGUCAGGGGCGCCGAACGGUCUGGAGAAGCUUUGGACAUUUAUGUGCCUGCACAACUGCUGACGAGCGAUAGCGACAGUGACUCAAGUCGGCAAGAUAACUCAUCGUCCAAGCGGACGACAGAAUCUUCGGUUGAGGUCAUGGAGGUGGACUCUGACGACGACUUGUAAUAUCAACAUCAGCAGCGUUUCUUGGGUAGCACAAGAACAAUAAUAGACCAUCGCAACAGACUUCGUCGUGUAACCUUAUAAGGCUGCCACCAUCCGUUGCCAAGAAUAAAGAUCGCGGGCGCUAUGGAAGAACAAAGCACAUCAUUUACCAGAAAGAAA